AUUUGUUGGACUCAUCACAACCACCUGAAUAUAGUAUCCUGUACUCGUACAAUACAUCCAACCCACAAUGCCCUCCAUCCUCCCUCCCUGGCCACAUCUACUCUUCGGCAUCCUCGAGCCAAUCUCCCUCAUCGCCGGCGCUCUCAGCCCCCUCCUCAACCUCCCCGGUUUCAUCACAGACCAAAUCCCCAUCGAUCCGUCACACGUAGUGAACCCCUCCCCCACCACCACCAACCUCCAGCCGCAGGCCAUCUCGCUCGCCUACCAGCUGGGCAACCUGUACAGCCUGCUGGCACUGCUGGGGCUGGGCAUCCUGACGACCAGCACCGAGCCGAAGGUGAUCCGGAACUACUUCCUGGCGCUGCUGGUGGCGGAUGUGGGCCAUGUUUAUGCCGCGGGGUGGGCGAUGGGGUGGGCGCGGUUUUGCGAUGUCGCUGGUUGGAACGCCUUGACCUGGGGCAAUGUGGCGGUUACGGCGUUCUUGGGGGUAAAUCGGGUAUUGUUUCUUUUGGGGUGGUUUGGGAGGUGUACUGGGGUUGGUGGGGGUCAGAAGGGGGGGAAGGGUGCUUGAUUUUUGGGUGUAUGCUUCGCAUAUGUAUGUCUGGAUGGGUGAUCGCUGGUGGAGCUGGUGCUUGGGGGGUUGCUUUUGCUGCUGCUGCUUUGUCUAUCUAUGGUUCAUGUGGAUGAAUGGCUGGCUUGAUAUGGGAUUACUGGCCUGAAGUGUGUGCUUCACUCAUUCAUGAUGGACUGGGUAGGGCAGGACAGGACGGGGUCCGAUAUACUUCGGCUGUGACUACAACCAGACACCGAGCACUUACUUACUCAGGUGCUCGUCUUUGAAAUUGCUGCCGCAGAGUUUAACUCUAUCCCGAGCCCUGUCUCCAACAACUCGGUGUCUAUCUCGACUUCCCCAGAGAUACAGUACGCGGCCAUCUGUCAACUAUCACCACUUGGCUAGACAAACACAAGACCGUACUGUACAUAAUCCACAUGUUAUAUUCAC